CAAGCUAGGGCGUCUAUGAAGGUCGCGUUUCAGCACUUGGCUCUGUGCUUGGUUUCAAGGUGUAACAAGAAGGUCGCCGCCUCCAAGAGGUUUACAAUCCAUCGCGCGCCCAAGGUUCUCACCGUCUGUCUGAAGAGGUUUGAAGAUUUCACCGGCGGGAAGAUCGACAAGGUUGUGAAGUAUUCCAACUGCUUGGAUCUUCGCCCGUACAUGUCUCAGACGGAUGGAGAACCGCUCUUCUACUCUUUAUACGCUGUCCUGGUGCAUAGCGGUAAUAGCUGUGAUUCGGGACACUAUUUCUGCUACACGAAGGUAAAGAGCAACUUCCUCCCACACACGAGAAAAACGUGUGCUGAGGAAGACAAACUUUGACGGCAGCGAUACUGGCA